AUGUCAACUCCUUGGACAGUCCGACCUUUUGAUGAGGCAGAGAUCGGGCGCGCUCUACCUGAAGUCAAGCAGCGGAUGCACGAGUUCAACAAACGGUUAUCCUCCAUGCGUAUCAUCAGUGAGCAUGCCUAUGGUCGGUUAAAGGGACGCUUUCUUGGCUUGAAGGCGGCGGGUAAGCACCACGACAUCGAGGACCUCUAUAAGGCGAUAGAAGCACUUCUCAUCUUGCAUAACAUCUGCAUGGAUUGGAACGACCACCCAGAAGAUAUCACUAACUUCGACCCAAGGGAGCUACCGGUAGAUGAUGAAAACGAAGAACAGGAUCCGGAUGAGAAUCCGCCUAUACUCGAGGGUGAUGCAAAUAUCCCUUUACAUGAAACAGAUCAGUGGUUGAAAGAGCAGGGUUAUGCCAAGAGAAAUGUACUUCUAGAGUACUUAUUUCCAGCCCCAGAAUAG